AUGAAAAACAAAAGGGUGGGCGGUUACAUCAGUUCGCCCAAAUGCACAAGAAGCAACAGCAGUCAGAAGUGUGCGGUGAUGGACGUGACAGUCGGCGCAGAUGAGGUGAGCAAGUUUGAGCCUCGAUCAAAGCGAUCAGGGAGCGGAGGCAUCAGGAUGAAGAACUUUACGCCUGGACCAGGAGGGGGAGCCGCGUCCUCUGCUUCCAGGAGAAACUCUAACAAGGAGCCCAGCCUUACGCACGCAGAGAGUGCCACUGCCGCCCAACGGCCCAUUGCUUUCUCCAGAUCCAAGGAGAGCCACACGCCCCGUUCGGGUGAUGCUGCCGAGCGCAUUCAAGCAGGUCCGGAGGCCUCGCAGUCCGCAGCAGCGGUCGAGCCUAUGAGCGCCACAACGGGAGACGGGUUGGCGCCCAUUUCCAGCAUGAAGUGCACCAAAAACGGAGAAUGCAGGAGGGACUCUGGCACUGGCAGCCUGCGCUCGAUCAUCUCCAAACAGGAGAGGGCGAGGGCCGAGGACGCCGGCAGUGCUACGCGAGCUGCCUGUAACUCCACCACUGCGAGCAUGGACGGCUCUAUCACACCAGGCGGCUCCUUGACUGGGGGCCAUGGAACUGAGAAGAAGGACUCCAAGGUGUCCUUCUCUAACGCGCCGAGCAGGAAAGCCUCCUGCCUACAGACGCAGCAGCAUCGGACCUCUGUUACUUUCCAGAAAACGGAAGAUGGCCCUCAAAUUGUGCCUGCCGAAGAUGCCGAACCAAGGGGUAGUCAAGCCAGCUUCAUGCAGCGACAAUUCAGCAGCAUGUUACAGCCUGGAGUCAAUAAAUUCUCCCUGCGGAUGUAUGGAAGCCAAAAAGCGGUUGAGAGGGAGCAGGAGAGGGUCAAAUCUGCGGGGAACUGGAUUAUCCACCCGUACAGUGACUUCAGGUUCUACUGGGAUUUCACGAUGCUGCUGUUUAUGGUGGGAAACCUGAUCGUCAUCCCAGUGGGCAUCACCUUCUUCAAGGAAGAGACCACCACUCCUUGGAUCAUCUUCAAUGUCGUGUCAGACACUUUCUUUCUCAUGGACCUGAUAUUCCAUAUGACCUAUGACCUGGCCAGUGCCGUGAUGCGGAUCUGUAACCUCAUUGCUAUGAUGCUGCUGCUGUGUCACUGGGACGGCUGUUUACAGUUCCUGGUUCCAAUGCUGCAAGACUUUCCCUCCGAUUGCUGGGUGUCCCUCAACAAGAUGGAGAACGACACCUGGUCAGAGCUCUACUCCUUCGCUCUGUUUAAGGCCAUGAGUCACAUGCUGUGCAUUGGUUAUGGUCGGCAGGCUCCUGAAAGUCUUUCAGAUAUCUGGCUCACAAUGCUCAGUAUGAUCGUUGGAGCCACGUGCUACGCUGUUUUCAUUGGGCACGCGACAGCCCUCAUCCAGUCCUUGGACUCGUCUAGACGGCAAUAUCAGGAAAAGUACAAACAAGUGGAGCAAUACAUGUCCUUCCACAAACUACCGGCUGACUUCAGACAGAAGAUCCAUGAUUACUAUGAACACCGAUACCAGGGAAAGAUGUUUGAUGAAGAGAGCAUCCUGGGUGAACUGAGCGAGCCACUCAGAGAGGAAAUUGUUAACUUUAACUGUCGCAAAUUAGUGGCAUCUAUGCCACUGUUUGCAAAUGCAGAGCCAAACUUUGUGACUGCUAUGCUGACCAAGUUGCGUUUUGAAGUGUUCCAACCCCAUGACUACAUCAUUAGAGAGGGCACAAUUGGGAAGAAAAUGUAUUUCAUUCAACAUGGAGUUUGUAAUGUCAUUACCAAAGGAACCCUGGCAAUGAAACUCUCAGAUGGCUCUUAUUUUGGAGAAAUUUGUUUAUUAACACGGGGAAGGCGAACGGCGAGUGUCCGAGCAGAGACUUACUGUCGACUCUACUCUUUGUCUGUGGAUAACUUCAAUGAGGUUCUAGAAGAAUAUCCCAUGAUGAGGCGAGCCUUUGAAACUGUUGCCAUAGAUCGUCUGGACCGUAUAGGAAAAAAGAACUCAAUUUUGAUGCACAAGGUUCAGCAUGACCUCAAUUCUGGAGUAUUCAAUAACCAGGAGAAUGAGAUGAUUCAAGAGAUUGUGAAAUACGACCGAGAGAUGGUGAAACUGGUAGAAUUACAGCGUCCACGGACCAUGUCUAUGACUCCGUCUAUGGGUGGGAUGUUUGCUCCCCCAGGUCAGUCACAGGGCGCAUCAGCUAUUGCUACCCUACAGCAGGCCGUGGCCAUGAGCUUCUGCCCACAGAUGGCCCACAAUCCUUUGGGGGGCCUCGGGAACCUGCAGUCCCCUCGCAUGGUACGGCGCUUCCAAGUGAUGCAGAAUCUGGCCAGCCCGGUGUCCAUGUCCCCUCUCCAGGCUCAGCCCCCUCAGACAUUUGGUGGGGCGUUCGGUUCUGCCAUCUCCAGUCCUCCAGUCCAGAGUCCUCUUGCAGCUACUGGUCGGACUUUCCCCUACUUGGCCAGUGUGGGACCAUCUGGCUCUCAGUUGUCCUUAGUACAGCACCAUGUCCCCAGCCCCACACAGUUGCAGCAGCGACAAGUGUCUCACAAAAGCACCCACUCCCUGCACAUAGGCAGCCUGAGCCAGGACAGUAGAGCUCUCUCUGCCUCUCAGCUUUCACUCCCCCAAGAAGGAACACUACAGGCUGCAGCACCGAGCCCACCUCCCUCCACACGUACCUCCAACACUUCCAUUGGCCCCUCACAGCCCUACCACCCUGUGCCUGGGCCUUCAGGUGUGGGGCGGUCAGGGGGCACCCAGCAAAGGGUGGUCUUUGCCUCUACGCCUCCCCCUAGUGGACCUACUGUGACGGGGGCAGUAGCAGACUCUGGAGUCCCCAAAAAAGAUUCAGUUGUCAGCCUUCCAGAGCUAGACUCUGCUAGAUCCCGGCUGUCUUCCAAUUUGUGA